UGCCAGAUGCCUAAAAUCGGCAGAAAUUUAUUUCUCAAGUGAAAAACCCCAUAUUUGAAGACCUAGUCAAGGAAUGUGUUCAGUCCAAACCUGAAGAGCGACCUGAGGUUCAGAGAAUAAUUACUCAGCUGGAGAAUUUUCAUGGAAAGCAAACGAAAGAAUGCAGAAUUGAUUUUUCCCAAGGAUCAGCCGACUGGAACAUCCCAUGCGACCAAAUUCAGCUAAGGAAAGAUAAAAUCUUACCUAGUGGAGACUAUGGAAUUAUUUAUGAAUGGAAAUAUUGUGGCGGUGCAAUUGCCGUGAAAAAGAUCGAUGAUCACAUCGUCUCCUCCCACAACCGCAACCUGUUUGAAGAAACCAUAAAUAUUGCUUCAAGAUGUCGCCACCCUUGUUUAGUGCAGUUCAUAGGAGCGGUUAACAUUGGAGAUGUAAGGCCUCUGCUGGUAACAGAGCUCAUGGAAUCGAGUUUGCGAACAUUGCUAGACGAGCAGUCUCUCACAGUAACAGAAAUCUCUCGUAUUUCUCAGGAUGUUACAGGGGCGAUAAGCUACCUUCAUCAGAAGAAACCGUCUCCCAUCAUUCAUCGCAACAUCACCAGUGAUAACGUUCUACUUUGGGGACAAGAAAACAAGUGGAGAGCAAAGCUGACCAUUUCAAUUGCCACCAGUUUCCACCAGAAAACCAUGACAACUGCCCCGUGGGAUAUGCGUUACAGCGCCCCAGAAAUGCGUUCUAACGCACAAACCCUAAAGGUUGAUAUCUACAGUUUUGGUGUUCUCCUAUGUGAAAUGUACACGCGAGAACGGCCAGAUCCUGAAAGGCGCGAAGAACAAUUUGCUAAGGUGACCAGACGAAAUAUUCACGAUAUGAUACAAAAAUGUACGCAAAAGGAUCCUGAGAAGAGACCAGGGAUAGACGAAAUCGCAGAAGACUUGGGGUAAAGUAAAUUGACGUUUGUCUCAGUAGAGAUACCGUAUUUCCUCGAAUAAACGUACACGCUCAAAUUAGCGCCUACCCGCGAAAACGCGCCCAUCCCCUUGAACAUAACGUCAAGCAAGCCCCCUUUCGAAUAAGUGCUCUCUCCUCACUCACUUUCUCAAAUUGUAGGGAUACAAGGAAAACAUGUUUAUAUUGCGCGAAUAACGGCCAAAACAUGUUAAUCAAGCUAAACAAAUGUUAUUUUCGGUAUAAAAAAAUAACAUUUUUAUUAUCUGUCAGUGGUUAAUUGACCGUGUAGUUAAUACUUCUGCCUAUGCAAAUGUUAUUAAUACACUACAGGUGUAUCUAGUUUUACGGUUUGCUCGUAUUCGUUGAAAGGACUGACCUUUUAAAAAAGUUAUGCGGCUUUUAGAGUUCUCUAUUCUGAUGUUAUCUCUGAAACGGUUUUUUUCACUUGGCAAAAAACCUGCGAGGUCAUGACAUAAAGUUCUCUCCAUCCAGCCACUUCACACCUAAAACUUAUGUUAUGGUCCGUCUUUGAAAACUGUAAACUUUCGGAAGUAUGUAACAUUGAAGUUUGAAAGCUUUUAGUUACUAUUUGGCGUCAGGGUAGUUGUAAGUCGGUCAUAAAAUUCAGGUAUAUGCUCACAGUAUUCAAAUAAGCUAGAUGACGCACUCCUAAGGUUUACUACAUAACAGGGAAUUCAAGAAGAUACCACAGAAAGAGUUAUUGUCGACACUUUCUCAACCUUUUUGAAAUAUGUGCCUCAUUCCCUAAUUAAGGUACAGGAGGAUCACUGUUGAGUGAUGAAAGGCUGUAGCAUGUUCUUACUAGUCGUAAAAAACCAUUUAUUGUAAUACAUUAGAUAUAAUCUUAGCAAGGUGAUGCUAACAACUAUUAGUUUAUAUUAAAACAGUG